AUUACGGUCGGACAAUCGUUGGCCAGAUUUACGAAUUGCCGGACUAGGAAAGACUGCGAAACUUUGGACGAAUCUCGAGGUUCAACACAAGUUUCGGUCGACGAUAAGCUGCAAUGUCACGCCUCAGUCCGGCCCCUGGUCCAUUGCAUUCUUGCCCAUGCUCCGAAGUCGUCAUCAGCAUGGAGGACUAGGGAACACCUGUCACUAUCGACAGGAGACAACACGCCGUCUUACCAACUGCGGCAAGCGAUGCGAAUCUCGGCCUCACCGCUGGCUCCCCACGUGCAAGCUCCGAGCUGGCUCUGUAAACGAUUGAAGUCUGACUUGCAUCAUCACACUGCUCUCCCAAUAUAG